UCAUCUCUAUCCUUUCCACUCUCUCCAUUUUCUCCCUCUCCCAAAUCUGUACAAGUGCUUGGUGUUCCCGGAGGGGUUCUUUGACCUUCAGAUCCGACCGCUCCUGCACUACCAGACAGAGAGAAGGAUGGCCGGUGCAUCUGGUCAAGAGGUUUGUGGAGUUUGUUUCAACCAUUGCAACUAUGAGAGCAAGGGAAGUGGUUUCAGCAUGUUUGCAUGGGAGGAGUCCAACAAUGCAGGGUUUUUUGUGUGUGUUCAAAUCAGGUUGUGCCUUGCAAUGAAAGGGCCCGUUUCAACAAUGUGACAGGAGAGAGGGUGAUGUUUGUGGCAAACCAACGGACAUACACUGUAAAGUGUUACAAGGGUCGUACAAAGAGCGCUAUGUAUGGGAGAGGUUGGAGGAAGUUAUAUGAUGACAACAAGCUGGGGAAGGGUCAGAUGGUGGUGUUCUUCCUGGAUGAACCUUCGCCUAGGGCAGCUAUUUGUGUGAUCCAGGUGGGCAACGGCUCCGAAGAUGAACAGCCUAUGGAAGAGGGUGAUCCCAUUGAAGAUUCAUAUUCAGAUGAUGAGGAUGGAGAAGCUUCAAGCGAUGGUGGUGAAGGCAUUGUUCGCACUAUGGUGCUUCUGCUUAAUGAGACAGAGGGUUUUCAGCUACAAGGGCCGCUGCCUCUCAGUGAUGAUUUCAUCGGGUUUCCUUUCUUUCACCGCCUCACAAGGACAGACAUUCGUUUGGGCAUGAUGAUUGAACGCGGGAUCGAAACUAAAACCGAGUCCUCCUUGAAAGAAGGGUUAGGUCAACAGCUUAAAACUACAGGAUCAUAUGAAGGAGUCGAAAGACUUAACAAGAGAUUGCUUAAACAAUGUGCCGCACACAGGUACAGUUUUUGAAGUUGAAGGAGGGAAACCUGGGAGUGAUAGAAAUGAAGAAGGCAGAGAUAAGUGUGUUGAAGAUACUGAUUUAGAAGAGAGAGGCUAUGAUGUCAAGAUCACUGACACUGAAGCAUCAAAGGGUUUGCUGUAUGAAGAAGUUCUGACUUCGCUGAGUAAGAGUGCUCAAAGGAAAGAACGACGGGAAGCUCUUUUGAAACGAAAAAAGAAGUAGAGAGCAAGGAUUGACCCAACCACAACAAAGGCCACCAUUGAUGAGAUUGCAACUAAAGCUUACAGCCGGUGCAGCAUGCCAUACUUCUCUGAGAUUGUCAAUCUCAUGUGCAAGAGCCACCACAGGGUCCAGCUUGUUAGGAACCGUUGUUUUGGCUAUCUGCUGGAGCUGGUCGGCUGUCUUGUACCCAGGGGGUUUGUGUAACAUCCCGGAUAUAACUUUUCCAAUUUGUACUCCAACUCUUGCCGUUUCCGGCGUUAAGUUAUAUUUAUU